CAGCUUCUUAUUUGGUGGAAUGGUCAUGUGAGAAACUCUGACAUUUGGAUAGAUUUUGAAGAUGGUGAAACCACUAUGUUGAAAAUUGAGUCGAGCUUCACAUGGCAAGAACUUCGUGACAUUUUGGCAUACAGGAUUUGUAUGGGCGGACAAAUGAGAGUUGGUCAAAUUACUUACUGGUAUCCGGACAUGAGUGAUGUCGGGGUUAUGUACCAAGAAGUUGUCAUAAAUGAUGAUAACACCAUUACCAUGAUGUUACAGUUCCUAGCUGACAACGGAAUGCUGCUUGCAAAGGUGUAUGUUGAGACCGAGUCGGUCGGUGAAACUCAGUCUCACUAGUAUUCUUAUGAUGAUAGUUUUGUAGGAGGGUACGGAUGGGUGGUAGUUCAAACAACUACGACGGAGGUAGUUAUGCAGGAGGGGUGCCAUGGCAAGAAUACCCGCAACGUGUUGAGCCUGCCCCAUUCAUUGAGAACGACGACGUUCAAGGGCCUGCUUGGGGGCCAGAGUGGGCCAACAUAGAAAACACCAUUCGAUAUGGCCGUACUUCGCAUGAGCGAGAAGACGUUGUUGGUGGUGCUAGUCACGAUGAUGCUCCUGGCCCGAGCUAUCCAUUUGGCUCCACCGACAAGGAAAGUGAGGAAGACUUUAUAUCAGUUGGCAGGAGGAAGAUACAGACAAUAUCGAUGACGACGAGGUGACAUUCCGUGAGCCACCAACGCUAUACUACACAAAGUUUCCCUCUCACUUUUUAUAUGUUCAGAACGAUGCCCCUGACUUUUUCUCUAUGUCAGUGUAUAAUCUGACAGCCAAUUUAGAGGUGGGUAUGGCGUUCACUUUGAAAGACGCUGUUCAAGAUGCUUUUAGCAAAGAAGCCAUGCGGCGCAAUUUCCAGUAGAAGUUAAAAUAUUUUGACGGUAAACAAGUGCAUGUCAUAUGCAAGAAUGCUGAAAAGACCUGUACGUGGAAACUGCGGGCUGCAAAUAUGAAGCGAAAGGGUGCCUGGGUCAUUCGAAAAGCAGAGAACAACCACAGCUGCUCCUCGUCCAUACUUUCACAAGAUCACCGUCAAUUGAAAGCAAAAAAAAGUGGGGAGAACCAUCAAGCAUUUGAUUGAGGCCAAACUAGAUAUCGAGAUCAAAGCUAUCAUGGCCUAGGUGAAGGAUCGACAUACGUACACGAUCAGGUACAAAACGGCAUGUCAUGGAAAGAAGAAGGCCAUGGCUGAGGUGUAUGGUGAUUGGGACGAUUCAUAGGCUUUACUCCCUAAACUAAUCGCCGCAAAUGGAGGAGUCCAACCCUGGCACUGUUUUCGUGUCGUUGUACAACAAUGUACAAACUGAAGAUCAAGUUCGAGUAUAGAAUGAGUUGAUGUUUCACCGUCUAUUUUGGGCAUUCAAGCCUUGCAUUGAUGGGUUUGCCUCCUGCAUUCCCGUGAUCCGGCUAUAUUUCAUACUAAUUACUGUUAUUCUAGUUCAUUUUUAAACUAGGUAAAAUUUAUACUAAUUAAAAUUAUUUUUAACUAGUUGACGGAACUUCCCUUACUGCGAAGUACAGAGGAACUAUUCUCAUUGCAACUGGCGUUGAUGGAAAUUUAUGGAUUUUCCCUCUGGCAUUUGCAUUAGUGGAAGGGGAGAACAACGUAAAGUUGGGCAUAGUUAUUUGACCAACUACACAGGCACGUCACACAGCGGCAGGGUAUUACGACUAUAUCUGAUCGAUAUGCUGGAAUUAGGAACGCCGCGGGUAGUUUUCCCGGUGAAUGUGGAUGGAUAAGGCGAUGGUGUUUUCGACGAUUUCUAGCCAAUUUCCAGCACAAAUUUGGGAAGAAAGACAUAAGAGAUCAAUUGUGGAAUGCAUGUACUUGAUGUACUAUUGUGCGGGUUAAUUACUCGUUGUUCGUAUUUAAUUUCUCAUGUAUCAGUUAGUUAUUUUUUCACCUUGAAACGGUUGCACACCAACCCAAAAAAUACGAGCAGAAGAUGAAGACGAUCGGUUAGGUACAUCGGGUCCAGGCAGUAUGGGCUGAAGGUCAAGAUUUGCACAUGUGGACCUUCCAUAUGGACAAUGGGGCUAGAUUCGGCAUUUAAACUACCAGCCAUGGCGAAAGUAUAAAUGAAGUAUACAAGGGUGACAUUCAUUUCCCCCUGGGGAAAAUGGAACGUUUGUACCUCGGGGCACCAUUGCUCUGGCAUUGUCGUCAGGCGUCAACAGAUUGUUGUCGAUCUCAAUACGCAUGAAAUCCCUCACCAUAUCCAAACCCGUCCUCUCAAGAUACAGCAAGAGUCGAGGAUGCCAAGAAGGCAAGCGUGUUGUCCCUCUAGGAAUGUCGGGAACAAGUGAUUCUAAAAAAAAAACACCCCCAAACACAAAAGAUGUUAGUCAAAGGAAACCAACAUACUAAAUUAAAUAAAACUAAGCGUGAUAUAAAUAUAAAUUAACUCAAACUAAGCAUGAAAUAAAUCUAAAUUAAAUAAACUAUGCGUGAAUUUAAUCUACAUUAAAUAAAGCAAAACAUGAAAUAAAUAUGAAUUAAUUAAAACUAAGCAUGAAAUAAAUUAAAAUGAAAUACUAAGCGUGAA